AUGCGGCACCACCAAGCCUGCAGCCGCGCUCACCAGGUGGGCGCUCUGCUCCUCGUCGCUGCCACCUUCCUCCUCACCCGCCUCUUCGACCGCCUCCUCCUCGACACAUCUUCCUCCGCCCCCAUAAACCCCGGCCGGCCCUCCUCUUCCGCUGACCUCCGCAUCUACGUCUACGCUGAGGACGAGAUCCAGGGCCUCCGCGCCCUGCUCCGGGGACGCGACGGCACCAUCACCGCCGCCACAUGCCUCAAGGGUGACCGGACUGACAAACGUGGUACGAGUGCAUUUAAUACAUGGAAAGAUAUUAUUAUACCUGGGAACGUGGAUGAUUCUAUGGUGAAGCCUGAUGCUCGUGCUGUCCAACCAAUCCCGCUAACAAAAAGGAAGUACUUAGCCAACUUCCUUGGACGUGCCCAGGGGAAAGUAGGGCGCCUUCAACUGGUGGAGCUUGCAAAGCAGUAUCUUGACAAGCUGGAAUCUCCAGAACUCAAGUUAUCUGGCCCCAACAAAUUGGGAAGGAUCGAGUACUUCAAGCACCUGAGAAAUGCAAAGUUCUGCUUGGCUCCACGUGGAGAGUCAUCUUGGACACUUCGGUUCUACGAGUCCUUUGUGGAAUGUGUGCUGGUGAUUUUGUCAGAUGAAGUUGAGCUUCCUUUCCAGAAUGUGAUCGACUACAGUGAAAUCUCGAUAAAGUGGCCAUCGUCCAGGAUUGGACCUGAACUCCUUGAGUACCUUGAAUCAAUAUCAGCUGAUACUGAGCCGUGCUCUGCCAUGAGCGGUAUCCUGACAGAGCUGCAGAAGAAGGUGCGGCGGUUCCAUCAAUCGCCCGAAACGUUCUGGCUGCACAACAGAUCGGUUGUGAAUAGAGAUCUGAUUGAGUUCCACAGCUGGAGGACGCCUGUUCCGUUGCCCUGA